AAUGUCUGUGUGUGUCCCCGCCGUUGAGCCCUAAAACGGCGGCGCUGUGUAUAAACUCCAUUGCGUCUGCUGUCUCGCCGGCGCAACGAACUGAGCUGGGCGAUGGCGACCACCUCGAGACUGUGGAGCCACCUCCGCCGCUCUCGCCCUCGCCUCUCCUUCCUCUCGUCCGCUCCCUCUCUCGACCCUCGCCCGCACUCUCGCACUCAUCCUCACUCCAAUCCCUGUUCGCUCCCUCUGCCUUUCCUACAAUCCGGUCGUUGCUUUUCUUCUGGUCCGUCGGGCGCGGACGACGGCGAUUUCGACUACCGGGGGUUCGGCGAGUCGACGGCGUUUGAUCCUGACGUCGCACGCACCGCGGGGAUUGAUGGUGUGAUUGAAGGGGCUGCGAACGGUGUGGAAGAGUCGAUUCUUCCUGUCAAAGCGUUGAUCUCUCUCCUCGAUAGUUAUCACGAUGCCACUGGCUUGCCUUGGUGGGUCGUAAUUGCAUCCUCCACUUUGGCGUUGAGAGUGGCACUCUUCCCCGUGCUCGUUUUGCAGCUGAAGAAGUUGAGGAGAAUUUCUGAAUUAUUUCCGAAAUUGCCUCCGCCCCUGCCACCGCCUUUCUCAGGAAGGAGUUACAUCAAUCAGAUUUCACUCUUCCGGCAGGAGAGACGAGCUAGUGGGUGCCCUUCACUUUUAUGGUUCCUUGCAUACCUUUCUGUCCAGGUCCCAUUUUUUCUCCUAUGGAUGACUAGUAUACGAAGGAUGUCUCUUGACCAUCAUCCUGGAUUUGAUUGUGGUGGAAUCUUGUGGUUCCAGAAUUUAACUGAACUUCCUCAUGGCACCUUGGGCCACAUACUUCCCCUGCUGAUUGCUGGUCUGCAUUUUAUGAAUGUGCAGGUAUCUUUUUCCAGGAAAGAGGUUCGCGAAGUUAGUGGCGUGUUUGGCUUAUUAGCAAAAAUCUAUAAAUACUAUUUGUAUUUUAUGUCAGCCCCUAUCUUUUAUAUUGGUCACUGUAUUCCUCAGGGUAGUUUAGUCUACUGGGUGACCAAUGCCUCGAUGACUCUUUUUCAGCAAUUAGCUCUCAAGCAUCCAGCUGUUCGUUCAAAGUUGGGUUUGCUGGUGGAGGACAUCUCCAAAGCUGCUGCCAAACCUGAAGAGAUUGCGACAUCUCACCCUCCCUUGAAUUCCUCAGUAGAACAGAGUGAAGUUCCUGUGCAAAACUUAUCACCUAGACAACUGCAUGCUCUUUCAGUCGUGCUAAUCGCCAAGGGCCAAAUCUAUCAAGCUAUUCCUUUGCUAGAAUUGGCACUUGAGAAAGAUCCGGAAUGUGUAAUUGCAAUGAUUGGGUUGGGGCAGGCUUUAUUGCAAGAUGAAGAGCCAGUAGAGGCUGCUGAGCAUUUAGAGCGUGCUAUUUCCAAGAUUUUUGUUGCUCAUCAUCUUACGGGAGCCGAGUAUACAGACCUUUUAGUUGGUGCAUCCCAGUGGGCUGGUAUCGCUUAUUUAAAGCAGGGCAAGAAAGCAGAAGCGCUUCGCCACUUGGAAAGAAUUCCUUGUCUGAAAGAGCCAGAUGAACCAAGGAGCAAAGAGAUUUAUUACGAUGGGUUGGUCCUGCUAGCAGUUUGUUUGUCCAUCGAAGGUCGGAAGGCUGAAGCUGCUAAGUAUCUGCGUCUAGCUGUUGCUUACGAUACUUCGCACGAGUAUUUAUUGCAAAGUUUGGAGAAGGACGAUGACAACUUAGUUAAUGAUCUUGUUAACAGCAGAAGAGCGGACUACUGAUCAACUUCUUACAGGAAUUGUACAUUACCCCGAUCGAUUUCCGCAUGGGGUUUACUGUUUCCUAUACCGGCGAUUUUGGUUACAACACUCGCCACUAUUUUGGGCCUUAAUGUUUUGAUCUGUUGUUACGUCGUAAGGCAAUUUUAUUACAGCGGCACUUUGCGUGAUUGUUCAGUACAAUGGGAUGGCAUAUCCAUGCCUUGAUGUACGCAAUUCGUUGCUUGUUUGUAAGACAUGUCUAGCCUUCAUCAAUACAUUAUGACAAUUUCAUG